AUGUCGGUAUUUCAUCAUCCCCCCACCAUCACCACGACCGAUAUUCCACUGCGGACGCGGAAGCUGUCUUGCCCCUCGUCCCCGAGGCGCAAGUGGCUUCCCGCUCAAAAUCAAGAUCCUGUCAACUCAGAUCCUUGCAACAAUGAGUACAGUGACAGUGACUCCGACAUCGAUCUACCGCCCGACGUGAACCCGGACACAGGCACAGGCACAGGGACAAUUGCCCAGCGCGUGCGGGCCUUUAUGUCUCGCGCCCCUCUUCUCUCGUCGCCCGCGCUGGGUGCCGCGACUUACGGAGCCGUGCGCAUCCCAGACGGAGACGAAGAUGGAGAUGAGAUAGAGGUCGGGGCUGAGGCUGCGACCGGGACGACCAGGUCAACUGGGUCCCGGCGGAAGGCGAGGUUGCAGCGCGCUAGCUUUGAAAAUGGUGCUGCGAGCUCCAGUGCUGGACCACGGCGGUCUCAUUCUUUUGUUAGGCGACGGAACAGCAUGUAUGCUGAGAGGCGCGGUCGGAGGCCUUCUUCUGCUGCGUCUGAUGUUGGCAUGGGUGCUGAUUCUAAGUUCUCGUUUGCAACUGGACUGGCUGUCCAGGGUAACCCGGUCAUGCAGGAGACGCCCGCUUCGUCGCCUUAUAUGAGCAGUGACGAGGAUGAUAUUUUGGAUAUUGAUGAUGAUGAUUCAAAGCCUUCUGAUGAGGAUCCGCCGGAUAAUUCGCCGUAUGCUCAAGUACGAGCUUCGGUACCGGCCACAGACAAUGUCACUCUUUCCAUCAACAGCUCUGCUGCCAAUCUUUUCUUUUCGCUGCGAUAUCCCAGCGUGGCUAUUACCCCAAUCAUUGCUCUCGUUUUGGUUCAUCCACUCGGCAAGUUUUGGGAUGUACUCUGCAAACACACAGGCGAUCCUGUCGAAGUAUUCGAGAACGGAUCCCUUCAUCAUCGAGAAACGCUCAACGGCGACAAUGAUACCCCUUUUGUUUCAUUGAGGACGAAAGUCAGACUUUGGUUUGGCCAGGGUCGUUGGAACGAAAAAGAACAUGCUUGUGUAUACAUCAGCAGCAAUGUUUCUUUUGGAUUUGCUUUCGCCACUGAUGUUCUUGUUGAGCAACACAAGUUUUACAAUCAAGAGGUUCCGAUCACGUAUCAACUCUUGCUCAUUAUAUCAACCCAGGUCUUGGGUUAUGCAUUCGCCGGACUGACUCGACGAUUCUUGGUCCGGCCUUCGGCCAUGAUAUGGCCAGGAACCCUGAUGUCUACUGCCAUGUUUUCUACCAUGCACAAGUCUGUCAACAAAAAGGCCAAUGGGUGGAGUAUCUCCCGAUACAAGUUUUUCAUAAUUGUUUGGGCUGGAGCAUUUCUCUGGUAUUUUGUUCCAGGGUUGUUGAUGCCUGCUCUGAGCUACUUCAACGUUAUCACCUGGCUAGCGCCUAAGAACGUUGUUGUAUCCAAUCUGUUUGGUGUUGCUUCGGGUCUUGGAAUGUUCCCUUUGACAUUUGAUUGGGCUCAAAUUGCCUACAUUGGCUCUCCAUUACUAACACCUUGGUGGGCCGCAGCCAACAUUGUGACAGGCCUAGUGGUCGUCAUUUGGGCUGUUGCUCCAAUCCUUUAUUACAAAAACGUUCUUUUCUCCUCAUACAUGCCCAUCCUCUCAACAGCCGUGUUUGAUAACACUGGUAAGCCUUACAACGUCAGCCGAAUCCUGACCGGAGAGUUUUUGUUCGAUGAGCAGGCUUAUAAAGACUACUCCCCGGUCUACCUCCCAAUCACCUACGUAUUGUCAUAUGGAGUGCAGUUCGCUGCUUUGACAUCCCUGGUCACCCACACGAUUUGCUGGUAUGGGAAAGAUAUCUGGCAACAGACCAGAAAAGCUUUUGAUGAGAGACAAGAUGCCCCAGCCAUGGAGACGUAUCAGCCACUUCGAGGCCACAAUAGGGACAGUCAGCAAAGCUUUGAUAUCUCAAGAAGUGGUUCAGACCCUCGCCUGGAAAGCCAACUGGGAAUGGAAGAUGUCCAUUGCCGCUUGAUGAGACGCUACAAGGAUGCUCCUCUCACCUGGUACAUACUUGUGUUUAUUUCCAUGUUGGCCAUCGCCACUUUUACGGUGGAAUACUAUCCUACCCACCUCCCUUGGUACGGCCUACUCCUAGCUCUGAUCAUUACCAGCAUUUUCUUCAUCCCAGUGGGAAUCAUCAUGGCAGUUACAAACCAACACAGCAGCCUCUACUUAGUCUGCCAGCUCAUCUGUGGCAUAGUCUUCCCAGGAAGGCCAGUGGCAAACAUGAUCUUCGUGACCUACUCAUACAUCAGCUCCGCGCAAGGAAUUAAAUUCUCCUCCGACCUAAAACUCGGCCACUACAUGAAAAUUCCACCCCGAAUCCUCUUCGGCGUGCAAAUGAUGGCAACACUGGUUUCAAGUCUAACCCAGAUAGGCGUGCUAAAUUGGAUGUUCACCUACAUCCCGAAAUUGUGCACGCCCGAGGCCAUCAACGGCUUCAACUGCCCCAUCGCCCGAGUCCACUUCAAUGGCAGCAUUCUCUGGGGAGUUGUCGGUCCCCAGCGCUUCUUCGGUCCAGGGGGCCUCUACAGACCCCUUGUAUGGGCCUUUUUGGUAGGCGCUGUCGCACCGCUUGGAACUUGGCUUCUAGGUCGGCAUAGCAAGAAGAGUUUCUGGCGGAAGGUCAAUUUCCCCAUUCUUUUCGGUAGUCUAAGUUGGAUUCCACCUGCCACUGGACUGAACUUCUCAAUUUGGGCACUUGUUUGUUUCAUAUUCAAUUAUGUGAUCCGGAGAAAGAGGACUGCUUGGUGGGAGAAGUAUGCCAUGACUUUGUCUGCUGCCUUGGAUUCGGGUCUGGCGUUUGCUGUUGUGGUGGUCUUCUUUGCUUUCAUUUACCCUGGUUGGGUUGAUGGAUUCAAGUGGUGGGGAACGGAGAUUUACAAACAGGGCUGUGACUGGAUUGCUUGUCCAUAUAAACAACUAGAACCUGGUCAAAAGUUUGGUCAGUAG